CAGAGCGUGGGAACAACACAUACAGUAGUAGGAAUACGCGUUUACCAAACACACUUCGUCUGACCCAUUUAUUGUCCGAAUGGAUACGUUGCGGGCUUCGGCAAUCGCUAGCGGCGUGGCCACGCACCUUCUCCUUUAUCGAUUUGGCGAAUGGGAUGUUAAAGCGCCUAGUAUUGUGAGAACAUAUAUCCUACUUAGCGCAACCCUCUUCUAUGCGGAACGAGCAGCUUUACUGGACAGGUUCACGAGUCACGCGCCUCCAAAAUGGGCAAUUACAGUCACUGUAUAUCACAUCCUUGGGGUCUACGCUAGUUUGCUCUUUUAUCGCGCUUUUUGGCAUCGUCUUCGUGGAUAUCCUGGGCCAUUCCUCGCCAGGCUUUCAAAUUUCUACGUCACUUCACUCUCUGCUAAGAGUCUGCAUCUCUACGAGGAGGUUCAAAAGCUACAUCAACAAUAUGGCGACUAUGUUCGACUAGGCCCCACGGAGCUCUCGAUAGCCGAUCCUAGAGCAGUAAAAGCACUUUAUAGUGGCCAGGCGAAAGUGAGCAAAGGACCAUGGUAUACCGUUUUGGAGCCUCGGGUAUCUCUCCAGAUGUCGAGAGACAAAAAGGAACACUCCCGCCGAAGGAAGGUGUGGGAUCAAGGCUUUAGUUCCAAAGCACUGCGCGAUUAUGAGCCUCGUGUUUCUCAUUACGCCGAGCAGCUUCUCGAAGCCGUCCGGAAGAAUCUUGGCAAGCCAAUGGAUAUGUCGAAGUGGUUUAAUUACUACAGCUUCGAUGUCAUGGGCGAUCUGUCGUUUGGGAAAUCCUUUAACAUGUUGGUUGGCGGGAAAGAUACAUACUUUUCGACGCAGUUACAUGCAGAUAUGAAGAGUAUUGGUCUGUUUAGUCACCUGACAUGGCUAUUUCCAUUUUUCAAAAGAAUCCCUAUCCUCAAUUCAGACUAUCUCAAAUUUUGGAAUUGGGUUGGAGACAGAGUGGAGGAAAGAAUCAUGAAUAACCCAGACCGUCCAGAUGUGUUUUCAUGGAUCCUUGAUGCUUAUCAAAAUGGCCCAAAGACAAAGCAGGAUCACCUCGACCUACACGGUGAUGCUUACCUAAUUAUUGUUGCAGGAAGUGAUACUACUGCUGCCACCUUGACGAAUCUGUUCUUCCAUCUUGCCGCGGACCACACAUGGCAAACAAAGCUCCAGGAAGAACUAGACGCUUUGUCUGACUUGGCCCAGGAGAAGCUGACAGGUGUCAAAUUACUGGACGCACUUAUCAAUGAAACUCUGAGAUUACAUCCUGCUGUACCAUCUGGCACCCAACGAAUGACGCCUCCAGAGGGUCUCCAGAUGGGUGAUAAGUUUAUUCCUGGUGACGUGAUGGUUUGCAUUCCGACACACACAUUGUUCCGAGACGAACGAGCCUUUGUCCAGCCUGACGAGUUCCUUCCUGAGAGGUGGAUGACGCAGCCGGAGCUAGUAAAAGACGCAUCCGUCUUCAUUCCGUUCAAUGCAGGCCCCUAUUCCUGCGUUGGGAAGCAACUUGCCAUGAUGGAGCUCCGUCGUGUGACUGCCGAGAUUCUUACUAGAUAUCAUGUCGAAUUUGCUGAAGGUCAAACCACUGAAGAUUUCCUGGAUGGUAAGAGAGAUACAUUUACUCUGGUUACUGCCCCUCUGAAGCUGGUAUUCCGUGAGAGGUGAUAGAGCAAUUUUCCCCGGCAAGCGUGAGAGAAAUUUGGGUAGUAUUGGUGGACAAGAAAGGCAUUUCUUUACAGUGGGGCUACUGCAUUUUCGUAAAAGUAAUAAAUAUCUC